AUGUUUGGAACUUUGGAAACGUGGCUAUUUUUAGAUCGACACGAGGUAUGUGGGAUCGGAGAUAUUGUCUGGGUUCGAUACGAGAUGAAAUGGCAAUUCGAUAUUGGUAUUGAAGCUCUUGUUUCCACCGAAUUUUCUGCACCGAAUUUAAAAAUCACCCGUGUACACAAUGCGCGCACCAUAGAUUCUGGAUUCAUGACACAGCCCAUAUUCUACAUAACACGGAACCACGAUUCGGGAAUCAGCAUGCCAGACAUCAACGUAACGGACGAGAACAUCCUCUCAAAAUUCGGCACCGAAUUAACAGCCAAUUUCGCGGAUAUCAAAGCGCAUGGCUCAGCAGCAUUUUUCCAAAAAGAUAAUUUGAGUGACGGGGCUACGUAUUCGCUGUGUGCGUGUGCGACGGGCUAUAUAUGGGUGUACAUAUCUCCGAGUAAUAUUGUGGAUGAGAGGGAAGCUGCAGAUGAGGGACGGGGGGAAUUUUCUCAGGUGGAUAUACAGAUUGGGACGUUUGCGUUGAGAAAACGCGCGAUUACUACGAUUGAGAUUCCGUGUUAUUAUCGCACUGGAAAGGUAUUGGCGCAUAUGAAUGGGGGCUUGGCAUUGUUGUGUUCGACGGUUUUGGCGAAGUAUUUGAGAUUUAGGAUGGUGGGGUGUCAGAAUUGGCGCAUUUACGGGUUGUGGAUCCGGGGAUUUUUAGAGGGUUAG